GCGUGCAUUUGGCCUUCUCAACUUACUAUAAAAUUCGUGGCUAUCACAUCUUGCGUAUCAUUCAGUGCACAAGCAACUCAGUGAAAACAAUCAAGAUGUUCAAAUAUAUGUUCGUAUUCGCCUGCAUGCUGGUGGCCGCCAUGGCUGAGCCCAAGCCCGGCGUGCUGUACAGCGCGGCAUACACGGCGCCCGUGGCGGCGGCGUACACCGCGCCGGUGGCUGCUGCCUACACCGCGCCGCUCGCCUACUCCGCCUACUCCGCGCCGCUCGCCGCCUACUCCGCAUACCCCUACGCCUCACCCUACGCCGCCGCUUACCUCCUGAAGAAAUAAUUUCGUAAACAAAUGAAUAAACAACAGUAGCUACCACCGCUCAAA